AUGGAGUCGUGGGCAAGACUUGGCUAUGUGGCCUAUUUGAUCACGAAAGUGGCAUUUCGGUUGAUAACGUAUUUGAGUAGGCCACAAGCUGCUGAGUUGAAGAUUCCAAACGCCGCAGGUAACUGUCAUGCCCCUCAAGAAUAUCGUGAAGCUCUUCAAAAGUUAGAAGAGGAUCUCAACAGGCUAAAAAUCAUUGAUCUCAGUCAUUCUCGACACCUUAUUAAAACACCAAACUUGCACAGUUCAAGUCUAGAGAAACUAAUUCUGAAAGGUUGCUCAAGUUUAGUUGAGGUCCAUCAAUCAAUUGGACAUUCGAUGAGCCUCGUUUUCUUGAAUCUGGAGGGAUGUUGGAGUCUGAAAACUCUCCCUGAAAGCAUUGGUAAUGUAAAGUCUCUUGAAACUCUGAAUAUUUCUGGGUGUUCACAACUUGAGAAGUUGCCGGAUGGCAUGGGUGAUAUGGAAUCCUUAAUUGAAUUGCUAGCUGAUGGGAUUGAAAAUGAGCAAUUUCUGUCAUCAAUUGGACAAUUAAAGUAUGUCAGAAGGUUAUCAUUGCGUGGAUACAGUUCGGCUCCACCAAGUUCUUCUUUGAUUUCAGCAAGUGUUUUGAAUUGGAAAUGGUGGCCGCCAUCUUUCGAAUGGAGAUCAGUGAAUCGUCUUAAGCUUUCUUAUGGUAGUUUGUCUGAUCGCGCAACUAACUGUGUUGAUUUUAGUGGUUUGUCUUCUCUAAAAGAAUUGGAUCUAUCAGAAAACAAAUUCUCUAGCCUGUCUUCUGGGACCGGCUUCCUUCCCAAGCUAGGGAUCUUGAUAGUCAGUUGGUGCCACAAUCUUGUAUCAAUCCCAGAUCUUCCCUCAAGUUUAGACAAUUUGGUUGCAUGUGGUUGCAAAUCAUUGGAAAGGAUAAGAAUAACAAUCGAGUCAAAAAAGAAACUACGUAUAAAUCUAUAUGAUUGUCAUUCGUUAGAAGAGAUUCAAGGCAUCGAAGGUUUAAGUGAUAUUUUCUGGAAAAUUGAAGUUUUUAACCGCAGGCAUUCACCAAAGAAAUUACAGAAGAGCUUUGUUGAGGUACUAUUUCUUUCAGUUUCUCUUACACAAGAAGAAACACACAAUUGGCACAUACAUUGAUUAAUGUCUAAAAUCUCAGCAUUCCUUGAAAUUAAUAUAUA